AUGCCCGCACAGCCGAAGAAAAGAAAGAGACUACCUUUGAGCUGCGAUAAUUGUCGAAAGAAGAAAGCGAAAUGUGAUAGGAAUUUUCCUUGUUCAAACUGUAUCAAGUUAAGCAUAUCUCAUACUUGCAUUUACAGCUCUCCAGAUCACAUCAAUCAUACAAAAUCUGUCACUUCGGUGUUUAAUAACGAGAGCUUACCUGUUCACAAAACUAGCUCUUCCGUUCACAGUGAAUUGUAUUUAUUGAAAUCAAGACUAAAUGAUCUUGAGACUUCAAUUACAAAUACACCUGUGCAGCCAAGAUUGUUAUACUCUUCUGAUGGACUUAGUCAAGCCGACAUAUUUAUUGAAUCAGAUAAUGGCCUUGCUAAGUCCAAUAAGGACUUGCUCGUAAAUAUCUUACCUUAUGAUUCAGAAGAUGAGACAAUUAACUUUUACUUCAGCGAGGAAGAUGGCUCGCGAGUUUCAAGACAACCCUUGCCCUUCAUUUUCUUACUGAAGAGAGAUCCCGGAGCUAAGUUCUUUUGGCUCAUUAAGAAAGAAAGGAAAACCAAGACAAACAUAAAGGAGAUUUACCAGUUUAUGAAUAGGACUGGGGAGCUUGAAGAAAUGAAACAAAUGGCUAAAGUGAAAUUUGGAGGUCGAUACAUCAAAGCGCUAGAAGACGGUUACUCAAUUCAAGACGUAAAAGAAUCAUUGUCAAUUUAUGGAAAAGAACUAGGAUUAAGCUUUCAUACUGCUGACAUCAGUGAAUUGAGUUUGGAACAAAAGAUAGCCGCCAUCAUUCCCGACCUGGUGGCUUCAUGCAAAUACCUCACUUCAUUUUUUGAAUAUUUGUAUCCGUUCUUUCCCAUUGUUGAUGAAAUGAGUUUCCGCUCGGAUUUGACUCGAAUACUUGGUGAUCUGGCUGAUGGCUCAGUGAACAAAACAUUGAUACAUAUAGAGAAAAGAACUGAUCAUGCAGUUCUCUCAUCAUAUUUGUAUAUCAUCCGUUUGACUUAUUUGUUAUGGUUUACAAACGACAAAAAAUACAAAUAUGGCCUACCGGGUGAUGUUUCUCUGUCCUAUUCAAGAGAAAGACAAGUUGCAAUGGAUAAUCCGGUUCCGUUGGAAGCAGCAACACUAGCUCAAGAGUGUAUUGACCAAUGCAAUUUAACAAGAAAACCUCAACUUGCCGUGUUACAAGCAUUAAUUUUUUCUAGGGUAUAUGAUAAAUUCGCUCCUGAAAUAGGAGAAAAAUUCAAAGGACAAGAGACGCAACUAUUGGAUGGGAUAAUAAUGAAUUUGGCUAUUGCACUAAACCUUAAUAGAGAUCCAGACUAUGCUCUAGAAAAACAGGAAGACAAUAUGAAAAAUUUGAAAAGGAAAAUAUGGCACACCAUUCUUUUUAUUGAUCUCAUUGACACGAUGAUAUAUGGGACAACUUUAUCUGCUGACCGAGAUCACAAUUACGAUAUGAAGAUUCCAUACUACAAAGAAGGGAAUGAAAAUAUUGUUGACGUUCAACUUGAAAAGGAUGUGAUUAAAUCGAUUGCAUGCUUUAGACCUUUAAUACUCAGUAUGGACAGAAUCGCUAAAAGAUUAUUCGAUGUUAAACAGAGAGUGAAAAUUUCAAUAAUUUUGGAUGAAAUAAGAGAUUUGGAAAUGCUUACAGUGAGAAUAUUCGGAAGAUUCAAAUGUUUCUUGAAACCGGACUUUUCCAAUUCUGAUUCAUUUGUGAUACAAGAAAUGUAUUACUAUUUGAACAUAAAGGCAUUUCUAGUAACCAUUUAUUUCUAUUUUCAUAUUCAUUUUCACGAGAAGGGUAAUCCUGACCUCGAAUUCUUCUACCAUAAGAAGGUAUUUACUACACUAUUCUAUGAAUUAGCAGAAUUAUCCAAUUUGCAAACAUCUGUUAAUAAUAGGACUUUUGGAAGGGCUGUGACGCUAAUCUUAUCACCUGUCAUUAGUAGGAUAGAUCACAUAUCUUGCAUGGUUGCAUCUUCAUUCUGCGUUCGCUUAACAGCCACUCUAAGGCAAAGAAUGGAAACAAUAGACUCACAGAAUGCUCAGUUUACCUCAAAAGAAUUGGCACAAGAUUUGCUUCAGAUGUCAUUAAUUAGCGCAAGAAAUUCGCUUGCAAGGCUCUCGACCACUAGUAUUCGGUACUUCCAUUCUUGGAAAAUCAACAAAGUACAUCUUUUUGGAAUUAAUCUAGUAAGGGAAACACUGAUGUAUGAGUGUAGCAAUAGUUCCGUUACAAAAUGUGCCAAGUUCAAUUACACUAAUCAGCAA